AUGGCUUCGCAAUACGCCAAAGACAAGCUUGAAGGCUUCGCCAAUCGUAUCGAGAAAGUUGCGCUCGUGGGUGCCGGCGGUACGCUGGGGAAACACAUCGCCCAGGAGCUUGUCAAGACGGGGAAACACGUCGUAACCGCACUCACACGCUCUGGGAGCACCAACAAGUUGCCUGAGGGCGUCAGUCCUGUCAUUGUGGACUAUGACGACGAGACGUCUUUGGUGGAGGCAAUGAAGGGACACCAAAUUCUUAUUAUCACUCUGGCCGUGAGGGCCCCUCCUGGAACACAGAGCAAACUGAUCAAAGCAGCGUCAAAAGCUGGCGUUUCUUACAUCAUGCCAAAUGCUUGGGGGACUAACCCCUUAGACGAGAAGCUCAUGAAGGACACCUUCUUCUACCAAGGUUUUGUCGAUGCGUGCAAGGAGAUUGAAUCCCUUGGAGUAAGCAAGUGGUUCGUACUUUCAUGUGGUUUCUGGUAUGAGUUCAGCCUUGGUGGAACGGCAGAUCGCUAUGGAUUUGAUUUCCAUAACCGAUCCCUCGUCCUCUUUGACGAUGGCAACACCAAGAUCAACACGAGCACCUGGGCACAGUGCGGUCGCGCUGUGGCUUCCUUCCUGAGCCUGAAGCUUCUUCCCGAAGACAAAAACGAUAACAGCCCCGCUAUCGAAAACUGGACCAACCGCGCCUUCUACGCUUCCAGUUUCCUCGUCAGCCAGAAGGAUAUGUUCGAGAGCGUCAAGCGUGUCACUGGCACGACGGACGCUGACUGGACGAUCAGCAGCGAGAACUCGGAAGAGAGGUACAAGAAGGGAGUCCAGGAUUUGCAGAAAGGUGAUGUGAAGGGUUUUGUGCGAUUGAUGUACACUCGAGUCUUCUUCCCAAACGGCGGUGGAGACUAUGAAAGUAGCCAGGGCCUCCAAAAUGACAUCCUAGGUUUACCAAAGGAGGACUUGGAUGAAGCUACUAAGGUAGCGAUCAAGAUGGCUUUGGAUGGUUGGCUAGAAGCUACGUAUGGAGCUGUGGGCUCACGGAGUGGUUAG